UUCAGCCUUUAUGCAUCUGUUUUGUAUUCCCCACAUAGCGGAUGUGGCCCUGCUCCUGCCUUCUUGUUUUUCCGCAUUCUUUCAGCUCCACUGUAGGCAAAGGGAGGAUCCACACCGACAGUACUCAGCUCUGGCAUCGCCCAUUCUAUGACUCACUCUGCCUUUUGAGCUUCUGGUUAAAAAACAAAACCUGCAAAAACUGGACCUCUUUGAGUUAUUAAACACAGGAUAUGGCCUUUAGAGCCGACAGCAACCUCAGCUGUCCUGUCUGCCACGAUGUCUACAAAGACCCGGUCCUGCUGUCAUGUAGCCACAGCUUCUGUGAGGCCUGCCUUCAGAGUUGGUGGAGGAGGAGAGAGGAGCUUGAAUGCCCUGUGUGUAAACGCAUCUCUGGAAGAAAGAAGCCUCCACGUAACUUGGCGUUAAAGAACCUCUGUGAGGCCUUCUUGUUGGAGCAGGAAAGGAGCCUGGAGGAGCUCUGCUCGCUGCACUCCGAGAAACUGAAGCUCCUCUGUCUGGAGCACCAGGAGCCUAUUUGUCUCAUCUGCAGAGACUCAGAAAGACAUGCCAAUCACAGGUUCAGACCCAUCGAAGAAGUUGCUCGAGAUCAGAGAGAAGAGCUCGAGGCGUCGCUGAAGCCAUUGGAGGACAAACUUAAGCUCUUUAAAGAGGUCAGAGAAAAACAUGAACAAACAGGAAACCACAUUGAAGUCCAGGCUCAAUGUGUGAAGAAGCGGAUUAGGAAGGAGGUGAAGCUGCUUCAUGAGCUGCUGGAGGUAGAGGCAGAGGUCAGGAUUGCCGCUGUGAGGGAGGAGCAGAAGGAAAAGUGUGAAGUGGUAAAGAAGAGAGUGAAGGAUCUGAGGAAAAAGAUGGCGACUCUUUCAGAAGCAAUCACAAAGAUGAGGGAGGAGCUGAGAGCUGAUGAUCUUCUGUUCCUGCGCCGCCGUGGGGCGGCAGCAGAGCGAGUCCGGCAGCAAACCCAAAUGGAUCAUCCACCGCUGCUCUCUGGACUUCUUCUGGAUGAAGCCAAACACAAGGGCAAUCUGACCUUUAACAUCUGGAGCAAAAUGAACGACCUGUACUUCCCUGUGAUUCUGGAUCCAAACACGGCUCACCCAGGACUCAGACUGACUAAACAUCUGACCGGCGUCAAAUGGGGGGAGAGCCAAGAGCUUCCAGACAAUCCAGAAAGGUUCAACAGCUCCUCCAUCGUCCUCGGCUCUGAAGGUUUCACAUCUGGGAUUCACAGCUGGGGGAGAACCAGCACUGGAUGCUGGGCGUGGCACCAGAUCUUCGAUCCUCCAGUUAAGAAAAAGCUUCAGAAGAUCCGGGUUCAUCUGAACUGCACAACAGACGGACACUUUCUGAAGAUUCAACCGGACACAGUCUGUGUGCUGAACAAUGCAGACACCAUUUGCGACGAUGGAGACAGCGUUGACAUCGAGGAACAGCUCAGCCACGAUGGGGAUGAUCAGUCAAACGCCAGCCGAAUGGCUGCCCACUACCCUCCAACUCCCAGCGAAAUCCCCUCCACCUUCCAGCCUCUGGAGUGA